AGUAAUUCACCAAAUUGGAACACUGAUGUUUUUGAGCAUAAAUGGAACAGCUCGCCGUUUUUUCGUUCAUUUGCCUUUUUGUCUUUACUUGUUGCAGAACUUCCGGUAUGCUACAGCGCAUGUUCCAUUUUUCAACACAUAUCUCACAUACUUUUUCGUUUUUCUUCAAUGUUGAAGUACCAAUAAGAGUUCAAAGUGAACAGACUCGUCCAACUAUUAGAUUCUAGAUCUAGACUAAAUCUAGAUUUCUAGACCUAGAUCUAUCAUGUCUUCAAAGAAAUCAACACCUACACGUUACAUACGUCAUGACAUAGAUGUAAUAAAGGCAGCUUUGGAAGAUAUUCAAAGUAAAGGAAUGUCCUUAAGAGAAGCAGCCAAAUUUCACAAUUUACCUGUUACCACUCUUCACAAUAAGCUGAAAGGGAAGAAUCCCCUUCUUUCUAAAAAGACACUUUUAACUGUGGAUGAAGAGAACAAACUAGCCAAAUGGCUUAUAGAACUUGCCAAAUAUGGCUUUGGCAAAAGUAAUAAUGAGGUUUUAGAGACUGUACGGGCCAUCAUUGCUGCCAGAAAGGAUAGCACUCAAAGUCAAGAACAGAUAAAGCUACCAACCAGACAGUGGUUGUUUAGAUUUUUCGGCAGGCAUCCAGAACUAUCUUCAAGAGCCCCAAUGUCCCUUGGGAAGGAGAGAGCUUUAGUUUCACCUGAGGCAGUAAGCUUAUGGUUCACUAAAUUUGAAAAAGCCAUCAAUUCUGUUGACCCUACCAUUUUAAUAAGUCCCAACAGAAUAUUUAACGCUGACGAGAGUGGUUUUGGUUUUGACAAAAAAAACCGUAAGGUUGUAGCUUUUAAAGGCAGCAAACACAUUUACAAAGUCACAUCCAACACUAAAACUCAGGUUACUGUUCUUGCAUGCUGUAGCGCUGCAGGACACUAUAUCCCUCCUCUCCUCAUUUACCCGUAUAAAAGGAUUCCUCAAAAAAAUGUUCUUGAAAACUUCCCCGAAGCUCUUCUUCAAAUUUCAGAAACUGGAUGGAUCACAGCAGCCAUCUUUUAUACAUGGAUAAAGGAUAUCUUCAUUCCAGCAACAAGCUAUCUACCUAAACCAGUUUUACUUAUAGUAGAUGGCCAUACAAGUCAUACGUCACUUUUGGAAACGUCUAUCAUUUGUUCCCAAAAUGGUAUCAUGUUGUAUUGCCUGUUGCCACAUGCCAGCCAUGUAAUACAGCCUCUUGACCAGGCUUUUUUCGGGGCUAUAAAGUCAGCUUGGUCAGAUGCCCUCUCAAAACAUGCUGCUUCAAAAGGUGAAGGUAUUAACCUUGAGUCCUUCGCUAGUGUGUUUAAGCCAGUGUGGAACAAGGUGGCAACAACUGACAUUGCAUGUAAAAGUUUUAAAGCUGCUGGAAUUUUUCCUUUUAAUCCAAACAAGAUAAUAUCAUCAAAAAAACUAUGGCCCAGUAAAGCAUAUUCAUCUGAGGAAACUGGAGAUGUCCAACCUGAAACCUCUUCAUCAUCUGAUCCAACCAGGGCUUCCUCAUCUGCAUUAGCAAAGAAAUCUUCCAUAUCUCAAUCACCUUGCACACCACCAUUCCAAAUUGAAAACUCUGAUUGUUCAUUUCAUCUGGAUGACUGUAUGUCAACGUUUCAACAGAAUUCUUGUACAUUCCAAGCCCAACCAGAAACCUCUACAUCCUCUGAUCCAACCGAGGCUUCCUCAUCUGCAUUAGCAAAGAAAUCUUCCAUGUCUCAAUCACCUUGCUCACCACCAUUCCAAAUUGAUAACUCUGAUUCCUCAUUUCAUCUGGAUGACUGUAUGUCAACGUUUCAACAGAAUUCUUGUACAUUCCAAGCCCAACCUGAAACUUCUACAUCCUCUGAUCCAACCGAGGCUUCCUCAUCUGCAUUAACAAAGAAAUCUUCCAUGUCUCAAUCACCUUGCUCACCACCAUUCCAAAUUGAUAACUCUGAUUCCUCAUUUCAUCUGGAUGACUGUAUGUCAACGUUUCAACAGAAUUCUUGUACAUUCCAAGCCCAACCUGAAACUUCUACAUCCUCUGAUCCAACCGAGGCUUCCUCAUCUGCAUUAACAAAGAAAUCUUCCAUGUCUCAAUCACCUUGCUCACCACCAUUCCAAAUUGAUAACUCUGAUUCCUCAUUUCAUCUGGAUGACUCAACAUCUAGAUCUAAAUUUCAACAGAAUUCCUCUACAUUUGGAGCUCAAACAAAAGCUUCUACAUCAGCUGAUCCAACAGAGGCUUCUACAUCUUGCACAUCAUCCAAAUCACAUAUCUUUUCAAAAUCUACUGAAUCACAAAUAACACCAGAGAUCUCUAACCCCACUGUUGUAAAUUUAAAUGUCCAACAAAUAAUAGCAUUAAAAGAACAUUCUUACUUUAUAUUUGAUGAGAUGACAAAAGCAGAACUAACAAUGUUUUUCUCCAGAUUAGCCAUCCCCCAAAAUGAGACAUUCCCUGACCGCUUCAAUGAAGAGAAAUUUCAGCGCUUCCAAACUUUAACUCACUCAAUGGUACAGGCAUUUAAAGUGCAGGAAGAUCCAUCACCUAAAGUCACACUGGCGCAAGAAGACAUCUUCAGAUUACCCAACUUUAAGGGAAAGGGGAAAGGUAAAAACAGGAACUCCAAAACUGUACCAACAUUACCCAGCGUAGUAAGUGGAGAGGAGUUUCGACUUGCUCUAAAAAAAAAACUUAUUGAAAAGGAAAACUUAGAAAAAAAGAAACUGGCUAACAAACUUAAGAGGGAAGAAAAUAAAAAGAAAAAAGAUGAAGAAAAAGAGAAGAAAAGACUAUUAAAUGAAAGUAAAAAGUUAGAAAAACAGAAAAGGCAAGAAGAGCUAGCUAAAAAAAAGGAGCAAGAUCAGUUAAAACUGUGUACAGUUUCUGCACUUGACAGUGAUACUGAUGAAGAUCCCAUUCUAAUGAAAGAGAUGGAGACAGAAUUAGCUAAAGGGGAUGAUGAAAUGGAUGUAUUUAAUGAAUGCUGCCUUGGUUGUGGCACCAUGGAAAGAGGAAAUCUAUAGGUACUCUGCGAGAUGUGCGACUCCUGGUGGCACACCUGCUGCACACAAACAGCACGAGCAUUGACCCAAGAACAAUUGGCUGAAUUUAAAUUUGUGUGCAGCUGGUGUUGCCCCAGUCCAACAUCUUAGCAUGGCAUUUAAGGUUCCUAGAAAUUAUCUUUGUAUAUCAGUAUAUCUGCGAUGUACAAAAUGUAUAAUACUUGUCUCUGUCAUAAACAAUUUUGUACAUUAUCUAUAUUUUAGAUUCAAAUCACUCUGUAUAUAUAUAGAAACAGAAAUAAAUACCUAUAGCAUAUAAUCUAGACUUAAUAUCUUUAAAGUAUUUUAACAUCUUUCUUAUGUUCUAAAUUUAUAUUUUGAAAUAAUGUAAAUAUCCUUUGCAUAUAGAUAUCUAAAUGUAAAUAAAUGACUUGCAGUUAUAUAUAUAGAUGUAAAUAUCUGCUGUAUAAUAUAAAUGUA